UGACAGUUGCGAGGGCGGAUUGUGCGAUAACUAGUAACCCUUCUUGGUACGAAAAUAACCUGAGACCUACUCUGUAAGUGCCAAGCUGUACACGUGACUUUGCAGCCAUUGGCGGAGGUUAUCGACAAAUUUAAUCUUACCUCAAUUGGAACACUGAAUCAUCAACAACCAAAAUGCUCCAACUUUUGACCCAUCCUCUGCAUCGCGAUGGUGCUAGACUAGCCGAGGGCCCUUUGUCUCUUGUACGCCAGUUUUCAGUCGCUCAACUCCAGGCAGUAAACACACGCCAACCUAACACACAUGGAAGGGUUGUUCUUUCAGGGUCUGCUUUGGCUGCGCGUUCUCAUACUGGCUCCCAAAAGCCCAAUCUCCCAUCAACGAACUUGAACCCCAGAAAUACUAAUACUGAGCGUCCUCGUCCUCGGAGAAUAAUUGAUGCAAGAUCUCUGGCCGCGUCCCGAGCUGCUGGUAAACCGACAAAUAUUAUAAGAGGCCCCAGGAUUCGACCCACUCCGGGUGGGCUACCAGCGCGCGCUCGCAUACCUGGUGUGAAAUCCAAGGCGACUGCAUCCAAAGACCGAAAAAGAGGCAGUUCCAGUGGGUCCGGACAGUCGGCUACAGAGACAGCCGAUUUACUGCAGGAGGCGGCAGUCAAUGAUGUGUAUCGCGAGCUUGCGGAGCAAACGAGGCCUAAGCCCAUUCGAUACGAACCCGAACCUGUCUCUCUAGCAUCUCUGAAGGAGACCUGGCCUUCAUUGCCCACCGAUGUAGGCGCCCAUACCGCUGGAAUGGUUGAGAAGUUGUCGUCAUUCAGCGACCGCUUUGCCAAUGGAUAUGUACCCCCAAAUGAGCUGGGUAGACGACUUUUCCGAGGGAAAUUCGUUCGUUUCAUGAAUGAAAAAGAAAAAUCCGAGGCUAUCAUGGAGGCAAACAAGUUGUCCCAAGAAUGCGCCGACCGGUUGUCUCAACGCAAAGGCGAUCUACUCGAUCCAAACCCGAUCAACUUCAAUCCGAUCAGCACACAAGAUCAGAACGUACUUAUGGGGCUGGUUGUUCAGGGCAAUUAUCCUAAGUCGGUUGCGGAGCGGGGUGCUAAACUUUCAGUUGUUGAAAUGGUCUCAGAAAACCUGAGAAACAAUGCAACUUAUCAAACGGCUGGCAAGAGUUCUGCGUUCAUGGAGAAAUUGGAUUCCCUUCUAGCCUCGGGUCGUGGUACAACGCGUAUCUGAGCACCUGCUGUGUUUACUAUCAUUGUACAGUACUGUCCUCUCAUGUACCUUUACUUUUCUCUUGAUUUACUAUUCGGCCUCCAGACCCCUACUUGGCCUGCUGAAUGGCUGCGCAUGGGCAAGUGACCGGUCCAGGGACCAAAG